AGGCGGCGGCGGGCAGGCGGCCACGGCUCCUCGGUGUCCGGCUGCGGCUCCGGGUCCGCGAUGUCCCACUCGGUGACUCUGCGCGGCCCUUCGCCCUGGGGCUUCCGCCUGGUGGGCGGCCGCGACUUCAGCGCGCCCCUCACCAUCUCGCGGGUCCAUGCUGGCAGCAAGGCUGCGCUGGCUUCGCUGUGCCCAGGAGACCUGAUUCAGGCCAUUAAUGGUGAAAGCACAGAGCUCAUGACACACCUGGAGGCGCAGAACCGCAUCAAAGGCUGCCAGGAUCAUCUCACACUCUCUGUGAGCAGGCCUGAGAACAAGAGCUGGCCCGGUGCCCCAGACGACAAGGCUCAGGCACAUAGGAUCCAUAUCGACCCUGAGGCUCAGGACGGCAGCCCCGUGACCAGCAGGCGGCCCUCAGCCACAGGGAUUGGGCCAGAAGAAAACAGACCAGGCCUGGGAUCUCUGUAUGGACAGCCACCUCACCUUCCCGCCCCUCACAAUGGCAGCAGCAAUGAAUUCAACCUGCCAGCCCAGAUGGGCAACCUGCAUGUGUCUCCACCGCCCAGUGCCGACCCAGCCAGGGGCCUCCCAAGGAACCGGGACUGUAGAGUGGACCUGGGCUCAGAGGUGUACCGGAUGCUAAGGGAGCCAGCUGAGCCCGCCACCGCGGAACCCAAGCAGUCAGGUUCCUUCCGCUAUCUGCAGGGCAUGCUAGAGGCCGGCGAGGGUGGGGAGCGACCUGGGCCUAGUGGUCCCCGGAACCUCAAGCCCACCGCCAGCAAGCUGGGCGCCCCGUUGAGUGGCCUGCAGGGGCUGCCCGAGUGCACGCGCUGCGGCCACGGGAUCGUGGGUACCAUCGUCAAGGCGCGGGACAAACUCUAUCACCCCGAGUGUUUCAUGUGCAGCGACUGCGGCCUGAACCUCAAGCAGCGGGGCUACUUCUUCCUGGACGAGCGGCUGUACUGUGAGAACCACGCCAAGGCGCGCGUCAAGCCCCCCGAGGGCUACGACGUGGUGGCCGUGUACCCCAACGCCAAGGUGGAGCUCGUCUGAGCCCGGGGAGGGCGGAGGGGACACGCCUGUCCCACCCCACCCACCCUGCUUCACUUCAUGUCCCCGCGUGGCCCGUGUAAAUACAUCCCCCCUCACCCCUGCCUCUCUAAUAAAGAUCCCU